GCGGGGCGCAGGCCGGCGGGCGGGGAGCGCGCCCCGCGUCCGAGCCCCGGGCCGGGCCCUGAGCGCCGCGCGGGCCCCGCGCCGCCGCCGCCGCGCCAUGGCGGAGACCAAGAUCAUCUACCACAUGGACGAGGAGGAGACGCCGUACCUGGUCAAGCUGCCCGUGGCGCCCGAGCGCGUCACGCUGGCCGACUUCAAGAACGUGCUGAGCAACCGGCCCGUGCACGCCUACAAAUUCUUCUUCAAGUCCAUGGACCAGGACUUCGGGGUGGUCAAGGAGGAGAUUUCGGACGACAACGCCAGGCUGCCCUGCUUCAACGGCCGUGUGGUUUCUUGGCUGGUCCUGGCCGAGGGUGCCCACUCGGAUGCUGGGUCCCAGGGCGCUGACAGCCACACGGACCUGCCCCCGCCUCUGGAACGGACAGGCGGCAUUGGGGACUCCCGGCCCCCCUCCUUCCACCCAAAUGUGGCCAGCAGCCGUGAUGGGAUGGACAGUGAGACCGGCACAGAAUCCAUGGUCAGCCACCGGCGGGAGCGAGCCCGACGCCGGAACCGUGAGGAAGUCUCCCGGACUAACGGGCACCCCCGAGGAGACCGGCGCCGCGAGCUGGGGCUGCCCGCGGACAGCGCGUCCACCGUGCUGAGCAGCGAGCUGGAGUCCAGCAGCUUCGUGGACUCGGACGAGGACGGCAGCACGAGCCGGCUGAGCAGCUCCACGGAGCAGAGCACCUCGUCCCGGCUCAUCCGGAAGCACAAGCGGCGGCGGCGGAAGCAGCGCCUGCGGCAGACGGACCGGGCCUCCUCCUUCAGCAGCAUCACGGACUCCACCAUGUCGCUCAACAUCGUCACCGUCACGCUCAACAUGGAGCGCCACCACUUCCUGGGCAUCAGCAUCGUGGGCCAGAGCAACGACCGGGGGGACGGCGGCAUCUACAUCGGCUCCAUCAUGAAGGGGGGCGCCGUGGCUGCCGACGGCCGCAUCGAGCCGGGAGACAUGCUGCUGCAGGUGAAUGAUGUGAACUUCGAGAACAUGAGUAACGACGACGCGGUCCGGGUGCUGCGAGAAAUCGUGUCCCAGACGGGGCCCAUCAGCCUCACGGUGGCCAAGUGCUGGGACCCGACCCCCCGGAGCUACUUCACCAUCCCCAGGGCUGACCCCGUGCGGCCCAUCGACCCGGCUGCCUGGCUGUCCCACACGGCGGCGCUGACCGGAGCCCUGCCCCGCUACGGUACGAGCCCCUGCUCCAGCGCCGUCACGCGCACCAGCUGCUCCUCACUAACCAGCUCGGUGCCUGGCGCUCCACAGCUGCAGGAGGCGCCCCUGACGGUGAAGAGCGACAUGGGCGCCAUCGUCCGCGUCAUGCAGCUGCCGGACUCAGGCCUGGAGAUCCGGGACCGCAUGUGGCUCAAGAUCACCAUAGCCAACGCCGUCAUCGGGGCUGACGUGGUGGACUGGCUGUACGCGCACGUGGACGGCUUCAGGGAGCGCCGCGAGGCCCGCAAGUACGCCAGCAGCAUGCUGCGGCGCGGCUUCCUGCGGCACACGGUGAACAAGGUCACCUUCUCGGAGCAGUGCUACUACGUCUUCGGGGACCUGUGCAGCAACCUCGCCGCCCUGAACCUCAACAGCAGCCCCGGCGGCGGUGCCUCGGACCAGGACACGCUGGCCCCGCUGCCCCACCUGGCUGCCCCCUGGCCCCUGGGGCAGGGCUACCCCUACCAGUACCCGGGCCCCCCGCCCUGCUUCCCACCCGCCUACCAGGACCCCGGCUUCAGCUACGGCAGCGGCAGCGCCGGCAGUCAGCAGAGUGAAGGGAGCAAGAGCAGUGGGGGGUCCACCCAGAGCAGCCGUCGGGCCCCAGGCCGGGAGAAGGAGCGUCGGGCGGCCGGAGCCGGUGGCAGCGGGAGCGAGUCGGACCACACGGCACCGAGUGGGGUGGGCAGCAGCAGCUGGCGAGAGCGCCCGGGCAGCCAGGCCUCUGCGGCCGCCCCGGGGCUACCCCCACCGCACCCCCUGACAAAGGCCUGUGCGGUGGCCGGGGGGCCGCCCGGGGGGCCCCCUGUGCGGGAGCUGGCUGCCGUGCCCCCGGAGCUGACGGGCAGCCGCCAGUCCUUCCAAAAGGCCAUGGGGAACCCCUGCGAGUUCUUUGUGGACAUCAUGUGACAGGGGCAGUGCCUGUGGCCUUGCCUUAGCGUGGCCGGCUGGGGCGGGUGGGCCGUGGGAGCGGGCAGGUGGUGAGGUGCCAUGGCAGCCAGACCAGCACCAUCAGAUCUGGUGGCCUGUCCACCCCGGGGUCUCCAGGUGUGCAGCGGCUGUGUCCAUGCAGACCUCUGUCGGGGGAGGCCUGGUGGUCCCUGCUCAGGGACCCUGCCCCCGCCACUGUGUGGAUGUGACCUCCCUCCAGCCUGGGCCCCGCGUCCCCUCCCUGACCACGUGCACGGGCCUCUGCGGCCGGCCGAAACCCAAUUCCCAGGCCCCUCUGGGGCCGCCCACGGGAGGGGCCUAAUUUAUUUAUUUAUUGCCCGGCCUGCUGCCCCCAUCUGCACAGUGGAGCAGUGUUCAUACUCUCCCCAGGGCCGAGUCUGAAAGUGGAAUGGGGGGGCAGAGAGGGGCCGGGCACUCCCACACCUCGCCUCGGCGGUGGGAGGGCGGGGCAUGGGACCCCAGGGUCGGGGGCACAGCUGGAGACAGGAGGCCACCCUGGCUGUCCCCGGUGUCCGCCCGCACACAGGCCACCUGGCGUCUGCAGCCCCCGCGCCUCUGCACUGUAGAUGCCGGAUCCGUCCAGCGGCUGGACGGUUCACAUAGCUGCUUCUGUGUAAAUGCUAUUUUAAACACUAAAAAGCAUUUAAUUUUAUGAGACUGA